AUUAGGCAUGUCGUUGCUGACGGGGAGGCCGGGCGCGCACCGACCCAGCCGCAUGCUUAAAUCCUUCUGUUGCAAUGAUGAGUAAAAAGCUGGGGAAAGCACGAGCGGCCGAAGCCACCCGGCGUCCCAUUGGAAGAGGGCGGGAGCGGAGGAGGAGGCGGGCGCUCCACUCCUCCCGCCCACCGCGCCGCGCAAGGCGGAGGCUCCGCUCCGAGCGAGAGGCUGAGGAGCGAAGUUGCCGGGCGAGGCAGGAACUUCGCCUCCGCCGCGCUGGGAUAACGCGAGCCCGCCGCCGGCGCGCAGCAGCAGCCGCCGCUAUGCCCUCGCUCCCACCAUGAGCCGCCGGCCGACCUCGCAGGGGGUGGUGUUAACCGCCUACCACCCCAGCGGCAGCCCCACCGCUCUCCGCGCCGGCGCGGACGGGGCGGCAGAGAGCAGCGCCCCGGAGAAUGCCGACGCUUCCCCCUUGAGCCGGAGAUCUGGCCAGUACACAAUGAACCAUGACAACUCUAAGAAGCCCUCAGGAAAACCCCCGUAUAAUCGCUCAGGUUCUCAGGAUUCACUGGAUGAAUUAUCCAUGGAUGACUACUGGAAAGAACUUGAAAACAUCAAUGAAACAAGAGGCAAUAAUCACGAAGAACAAGAAGUGGUUGUGGUGAAAGAGCCUGACGAGGGGGAACUGGAAGAAGAAUGGUUGAAAGAAGCCGGCUUGUCAAACCUCUUUGGCGAGGCUUCAGGAGACUCUCAAGAAAGUGUGGUGGUUUUGGCUACCCUCACUCGUACUCAGGCAGCAGCCGUGCAGAAGCGAGUGGAGACUGUGACACAGACAAUGAGGAAGAAAAACAAACAGUACCAAGUUCCUGAUGUGAGAGAGAUCUUCAAGCAACAAAAUGAGCCAAAGGAAAAAGAAAGUAGCACCGAACACCAGUUUGUAAGAACAAGAGAAAGUAAGGAUGAAGUACAAGAGGAAAGAAAAGAGGCUCAUAGUGAACAUGUUGAUGAUAACCACCCAAGCGAGGAUGUGCCAAUGACUGAAACGGACAUCAAUUUGGAAAUAUCAUUUUCUGAACAGGCAGCUAAUCUCAAAGACAACCCAAUAAACAAAAUGUCAAAGAGCAACGAAGAUGAUACGCUCCUUCCUAAUUUCAGGCUGCCAAAGGACAAGACAGGUACAACCAAGAUUGGAGCCCUUGCACCACAAGACAUGAAGAAAAUCCAUGUCUUGGCACUGAUAGAACUGACUGCUCUCUUUGAUAUACUUGGAACAGAACUUAAGCCACAAAAAGCAAUAAAAAUUAAAAUGAAAGAAACUGGUCUCUUUGGAGUUCCACUGUCAGUCUUGCUAGAACAAGAUCAGAAGAGGGUGGCAGGUAUCAGGGUACCCCUUCUCUUCAAAAAACUCAUUUCCCAGAUAGAAGAGGGAAAACUGGAAACAGAAGGGCUUCUUCGAAUACCAGGUGUUGCUGCACGAGUGAAGAAUCUUUGCCAAGAGCUAGAAGCAAAGUUUUACGAAGGGACUUUCAACUGGGAAAAUGUAAAACAGCAUGAUGCAGCCAGUCUUCUGAAGCUCUUUAUUCGAGAACUGCCUCAACCACUACUUACUGUAGAAUAUCUCAAAGCUUUCCAGGAUGUACAGAAACUUCCAACAAAGAAGCAUCAGCUGCAGGCACUGAAUCUUUUGGUCCUCCUUCUCCCAGAGGGAAACAGAGAUACUUUGAAGGCACUGCUUGAGUUUCUUCAAAGGAUAAUUGAUCACCGAGAUAAGAACAAAAUGAACUUAAAGAAUGUUGCCAUGGUUAUGGCUCCAAACCUCUUCAUGUGUCGUGGUUUGGGCUCCAAGACCACAGAACAAAGCGAGUUCGUUAUGGCGGCUGGGACAGCAAAUGUCAUGCGCCUUAUGAUUAAGUACCAAAACCUUCUUUGGACUAUUCCUACGUUUCUCGUGAACCAAGUAAGAAAGCAAAAUGCUGAAAGUCAGAAAAAGGAGAGAAAAGACAGAGCGAUGAGAAAGCUGUUAAAAAAAAUGGCAUAUGACCGGGAAAAACACGAGAAGCAAGACAAGAGUGUCAAUGAUGUAAAAUGUGUCACUGAGGCUGAUGUUCCUCAGGGAGUAAUACGGGUUCAAGCGCCUCAUCUUUCCAAAGUUUCCAUGGCAAUCCAGCUGACAGAAGAACUAAAAGCUGGUGAUGUUGUUGCCAGAUUCCUAAGCCAAAAAAGUGGAAAUGUCCAUGCGCUGAAGAAAGAACAGGUGUUUUUAUACGAAGUUGGAGGAAAUAUUGGUGAACGGCGCCUAGAUGAGGAAACGUACAUGAAGGAUUUGCACCAACUAAACCCAAAUGCUGAAUGGGUUAUAAAAUGUAAAAAUUGCUGAACUCAUGAAUCAAAGAAACUGCUACUGUAGACUGAUUUUUGUAACACUAUAAUGUUCAGAUGCACCAAAAUAAAAGGGCAGUGUGUUCAUCAGUUUAACACUGCCAAGGGGUAUUUUUAGUACUACAGGUGGCUUUGAAGAAGUCUGCUUGUAUUUAUCCCCAUUCAAUGUGAGCUACCGUAGCAAGACCAAUAGGGCUUCCUUCCUUCCUUCCUU